AUGGUUGAACAUCCCUCUCCUUCGAAGAUUUUCGGUCCGGCAGCUCGUUAUGUUUGGAGGGACGGUGUCAACCCUUGGACUCGUAACAUCUUCAUGGGCUCAAACAUCCAGCCAGUUUUCAGCUGCAAUGUCAGCAUAUGUUCAUACUUGUGUCGUAACAAAGGUCAUCUCGGGGUCAAAAGGUCAAGUUCUUGUUCAAAUUGCUCUUAUUUCUUGAUAAUAGGAUUACGUUCUCCAUGUGAUAGUCAUCAAAAUGUAGAAGGCUGGCUUGAGUCUGAGAGAGGGAUCGGCAACAUACUGAUUUUGGUUCCAACAAACACUUGCCCAAAGGAUUAUUUCCCUAAGCUGGUAAUGAUAGCAACCGGUAUUCUGUUAUCCGGAGGAAGCAUGGGUGUUACGGUGAUGCCAUGGUUCUUUAGAGAACUGCUUGUCGAAUAUGGUUGGAGGGGCUCACUUUUGAUACUUGGUGGAUUAAACGCGCACCUUGUUGUGGUAGCAUCCUUGCUGGAACCAAUUAAAAGGAUGGAUUCUUCCCAGGACUCGGACAAGAAAAGCCCAUCCUCAUCACGUGCUGGUGAAAAUGAAAACGAAUUUUCAAGUUCGGAUGAUUUAUCAAGAUCCCAUAAAGCUUUACAUAGAGUUACAUAUAAUGCGGCAUCUGAACCUUCUAAUGGUCAGCUAAGUUUUAAUGAUGAUGGUGGACAAAAUGAUGGCCGGUCUGUCAAGACUCGGAGCAUUAUUUCCAAAGGGUUCAUAACUACGACAAGAUUCAUUGGUUUAACAAUCUUCAAAGAUCACCCUCUCAUGGCCUUGCUUUGUCUACAAGCUUUUAUUUUUGGCCUCUCUUACAUCGGUUGGCUGCUAUACAUUGUUCCCAAUGCCCUCGCUAAAGGCCAUUCUAGUCAGAAAGCAGUCCAAAUAUCGAUCGUAGGAGGCGCUUUUAACUUCAUAGGUCGUUUAGGGAUCGGCUUCUUCUGGUCCCGAAAAUACAUUAAGUUUAAACUCUGGCACUCUCUGAUAUGCCUCCUGUCUGCGGCUCUCUUCUGGAUCAACUUUGUCGUACAACGUUUCGAAAUUCUGAUGGUCUUAUCUGCGUUCUAUGGUGUAUUAAUGGGUGCCCUCGUGACAUCUCAAUUUCAGUUAGUGAUGAAUGUCGUUGGUAAAGAUUCCCCUGAAGAUUAUAAGACUGGAAUGUCAAUAUUCUUCAUAGGACGUGGCCUAAGCAGUCCAGUUGCAGGAGCAAUAUUUGGUCGUCUGUAUGACAUUACUAAAUCAUACGACAUAUCGUUUGGUUUUAUAUCGGGACUGAACGUCCUCAACGCUUUCCUGUGUAUAGCUCCAUUAUGUUGA